AAAACCUGGGAGUACUGGACAGCUGUUUCGUCCUAGUUUGGGACUCCUCAGCAGUAUGCACCCACCACCACAGUUCGAGCGAGCCCGUAGACCAUGAAGCCAUUGAGACCGGAUCUAAUGGUCCAUGAAUUCUAACUUCUGCCGAUUCACGAGGUAGCGCGACUGCUAACCAAUAUCAUCCGUGGCGAGUGUUUGUUCGCACACCCGACCUGCUGCACCCUACUGGUCACGGCUUCCCACUAGGACCCCAGGUUAACUGCCUGAAUAGGGCCAGUCACUAGUGAGCAUCAGAUUAAUUUUCAAGUGUUGGUUUUGUAGGGAUUUUGUUUGAUUGUAUGGAGGAUUUAAUCAUGAGCUGACAUCAGUUAGAGAACCACUGGAAAACCUGGGAGUACUGGACAGCUGUUUUGUCCUAGUUUGGGACUCCUCAGCGAUUUAAAACGUGAAGCGAGUAUUUGUCAUCUGUUGAAACAUCCACAUAUUGUUGAAUUGCUAGAAACCUACAGUAGCGAUGGAAUGCUCUAUAUGAUAUUUGAAUAUAUGAAAGGUGCUGAUCUUGCAUUUGAAAUUGUCAAGCGUGCAACAGCUGGUUUUGUGUAUAGUGAAGCAGUGGCAAGUCAUUAUUUAAGACAAAUUCUCGAAGCGAUACGUUAUUGUCAUGAGAAUAAUAUUAUACACCGGGAUUUAAAACCACACUGUAUUGUAUUGGCGAGUAAAGAGAAUUCAGCACCAGUUAAACUUGGCGGUUUCGGAUUAGCUACUCACCUCAACUUGGAUACAAAUCAAGUUAGUGGAGAUUCACCGAUCACCGUUGAUCAGGAAAUAUUUGUUUCUUUACGUCCAGAUCAGUGUGGUCGUAUAGGUACUCCACAUUAUAUGGCGCCAGAAAUGAUUCGUCAUGAACCUUAUGGUAAAGCGGUUGAUGCAUGGAGUUGUGGUGUUCUCCUAUUUGUCUUGCUAAGCGGUUCGCUACCAUUCUAUGGGACAAGAGAUGUUCUCUUUAAACAAAUAGUUUCUGGACGUUAUCAUCGUCAACCUCAAGUAUGGAAUAUGAUAUCACCAGAGGCAAGAGAUUUAGUUACACGUUUACUUGAAACAGAUCCAACACAACGGUUAACUAUUGAAGAGGCGUUACGUCAUCCAUGGAUAAGUCAAAAAGCUCGUGCAUCUAAAACUCAUCUACAUGAAACAGUUGAAGAAAUGAGACGAUUUAAUGCAAGACGUAAACUGAAGGGUGCUAUAUUAGCCGCUGUAUCAAGUACAAAAUGGGCAAGUUUUUAUACAGAACCAAAUAUUCAAUCAGAUGAUGACAUCUUGGACGAGGAUGAUGAAGUAACUUCAGCAGCUGUCAGUGCAGUAUUGGAUAGUUUCGAAGAGAUGCAAUGCCUUACCGAAUGUUUUGAAAAAGAUACAGAUCUAUUUCAGCCAGUAUUUGAAGAUGAACACUUGCAUUGUUUAUUAGAGUUGUACGAUCAUAUAAAUACUCAGUCACCUGGUAGUGAUUUCCGUGUUCCUGCUGAUGCAACAGAAAAGUGGGCUGAGGUUUUAUCAGAAUUAAAUAUACUGAAUAAAACAGAACUGGGACAAACCGCUGAGGAGUUAAGAUUUUAUAUGAAACAACCUCAUUUUCGAGCAUUACUUCAAACCUAUGAUGUAAUAGCUCAAGAAGUUUAUGGUCCUGAAGCUAUCCGUGUUACCCCACCACCAUUGUCAUCCUUCUUAAAUGGCGAUGAAGAUGAUCAUAUGGAAUCAGAUACGGAACAACCACAAGUAACACGUGUUCGAUUGGUACAAUUUCAAAAAAAUACAGAUGAACCAAUGGGUAUAACUUUGAAACUGAAUGAAGAAAAUAAAUGUAUUGUGGCGAGAAUUCUACAUGGUGGAAUGAUACAUCGACAAGGAACUCUACACGUUGGAGAUGAAUUACGUGAAAUUAAUAAUGAACCAGUAGCUGGUCGAUCAGUUGAACACUUACAACGACUGUUGCGUAAUGCUCGUGGAAAUGUUAGUUUAAAAAUUAUUCCAAGUUAUCGAACACACCCACUGCAAUGUGAAAUAUAUGUUCGUGCAAUGUUUGAUUAUAGUCCUGAAAAUGAUGAUUUAAUACCAUGCACACAAGCCGGCAUACACUUUCAUGUUGGUGAUAUUUUACAAAUUAUUAGUAAAGAUGAUCAUAAUUGGUGGCAAGCUCGUUUAUGGGGCUCGGAUUAUCAAGCACCAGCUGGUCUGAUACCUAGUCCAGAAUUACAAGAAUGGCGUAUGGCUAAUAAAGCAGCUGAAUUAUCCCGUGAAAUGGGUAUUACACAUUGUGGUGCCUGGUUAAAGCGUCGGAAGCGUCAAUUCAAAGAUAAAUAUGCUAAAGGCAAACAUGCCACAACUAUCUAUGAUCAGCUGGAUUUAAUCACUUACGAAGAAGUUGUCCGGCUACCACAAUUUCGUCGGAGAACACUUGUAUUACUCGGUGCACAUGGUGUAGGACGACGUCAUAUAAAGAAUUGUUUAAUUCAAUCAGCUCCGGAUAAAUUUGCUUAUCCUAUACCUCAUACAACUCGAUCACCGCGUAAAGAUGAAGUCAAUGGUAAAAAUUAUUAUUUCAUAUCACAUGAUGAAAUGAUGCGUGAUAUAGCAAGUAAUGAAUAUUUAGAGUAUGGUGCACAUGAAGGUGCAAUGUAUGGCACUAAAUUAGAUACUAUACGGCAAAUACAUGCAGCAAGCCUAAUUGCUAUAUUGGAUGUUGAACCACAAGCAUUGAAAAUAUUACGUACAGCAGAAUUUGCACCAUGUGUUGUAUUCAUUGCAGCGCCAGCCUUGACUGAUAUGACAAAUGGACAGCAUACUGGUAAUAAUACCGCAAGUAGUAAUAAGAAUACAGGUGAUAACAGUUUAGAACGCCUGGCACGUGAAAGUGCUCUCCUUGAACAACACUACAGUCAUUUCUUCGAUUUGAAAAUUAUUAACAAUGAUAUUGAAGAGACAAUUGUUCAAUUGAAACAUGCUAUUGAUGAAUUUCAGACCAGUCCACAAUGGAUACCAGUUACAUGGGUCUACUAGAAGUAAUUCUGCGAUAUGAUAAUAAUGAUAACUAUUACUACCACAAUUAGUGCAAUAAAUGAUAAAAAAAUAAUUAGUAGACAUUGUUUAUAGUCAUUCAUCGGUUUAUUCUACGCUAAUAUUCUUUCUUAGUUGUUGUCUUUUUUUACUAUUUAUUUCCAUACUACUUAAAUAUUAUUUCAGUAUUAUCUUUGUGUAUCGGUGUGUUUUUAUUUGAGUAUUAUUAUACUAUUAUACACAAUUUACUUUCCAUUACCGUGUCAACAAUGUGGAGUUGUUGUCUCCUUUUUUUAUUAUCUAUUCUAUUCGAACUUUCUAACCUCCAAAUUCAAUUAUUUAAAUCUCGCUAAAAAUGAUCCCUGCUUUAUUUGAAUUUUCGGAAGUGUGUGUGUGUAUGUAUAAUCUGAAUUGUUAAGAAUAUGUUUUUCAAGAUUCAUGUAUAUAUAAAUUUGUGAAUUAGUUGAUAGUGAACUAAAUUUCUCUUUUUGCAGUGAAUUUGAAUUACCGUUUGUUUCGUCUUCUUUUUGUUUUGUUAUAGUGAAUCAAUUGUAAUUCAUUUCUUUAUUGAACUACUGAUCAUUGAACAGGAGGGGAUUUUAUAUUGGUGGCUGUUGUUUUUUAUUUCUUCAAAAAAAGAAAUCUUAAUUUAUAUUGAAAUUUACUAAUCUUCUUUUUUCAUGCAUUUAUUAUUCCUAAAUGAUUUUGAUGAUUUGGAUUAUCCUGCAUUUAUUGAAUAUUGAAAAGAAAACCAGCAUUCAUGAAUAUAAACAAAAAUAUGACUUCAU